GCGGCGAGGGAAAGGGUUUGAAAGCCGCGAAGUUAAUUUGGAUGAAACGCCGAUUAAGUUCAUUUAUAGACCCUCCACGGGCUGUGAGACCACCCGGACCUGCUUAUUCCACUCUUCAGGAUGGAGCAAGGCCUGGAAAUGUCAGCUAUGAUUCCCGCUCUGCAGGAGUUAGCAAGUGCUUCUUCAGAGGAGUACGACCGCACGGUGCAGAAACCUCGGCAGAUCUUAUGUCAGUUCAUAGACCGGAUCCUGACUGACGUUGAUGUUGUGGCGCUGGAGCUGUGUAAGAAGACGUCUGCUGAGCCAGCCUGUGUGAUGCUCCUGGACUUCGUUCAGCACAUCAUUAAAUCCUCAUCGUUGAUGUUCAUUAACCCUGCGUGCCAGUCAGAGCAGUAUAAGGACGUGGAGAACAGCUGCAGGGAUUUCAGUAAGUGGAUCCUCGUCCGUCUCCUGCGGAUCGCCGCCGCUCCGGAGUGUGCGAGCCUUCAUGGAAAGAUCUCCUCCGUCAUCUGCUCGCUGCUUCAGCUGUUCAGAGCGAAGGGCCCCGUCGUGUUUGCCGUGUUUGGUAGGGAGUUCAUUGGGACGGUGCAGGACCUGGUGCGGCUGCAGACGCAGUCCGCCGUGUCCCCGCAGAAGUGGCCGGUGUUGGUGGAGCGUUUCGGUGUCAGUCCUGCCGAUGCUGUCGUUUAUCUGACUCCCACCACACUGCAGAUAACCUCAGGAGCCUCGGCCCAGGCCCUGUUGGCAGCUGCGCUGACUGUGCUCGCUGACAUGCUGCAGGGAAUGUUCUUCCCCAGGGAAGUGGGACAGAUCUGGGACGCGUCCUGUUCCGUCCUGUGCGGCGGUGGCCCCGGGCUGAAGGCCCUUAGCAUGGUCCUGCUGACCCGCAUUGUAACUUUAGGAGGGCUCCCUGAAGGUCAUUCUCAGGUCUUCUUUGCUGCUUAUCUGUCUCUCUUGGACUCCUUCAGCUCUUAUAAGGAGUCAGAAGUGAGAACCUACAGCGCCGAGUUCCAGAAGCUGACCCGCUGUGUUUUCGUCUCGGAGAGAGGCGCCCACGCUCGGUUUGAGAGGGUUCACCUCAGCAUGCUGAUGGAGAGCCUGCACAGGCUGGUGCUGAGCGGAGCUGUGGAGCAGAUAAAGCUGGAGGAGAUAAGGACGACUCUGUGCGAGAUCUUCUGCUUUAUCCUGGAGUUUGUGCCUCUGGGAUACGAAUCGGCUCCUCUGAUCCGGAGAGAGAGGGUGACGGCUGUCUGUAAAGCCAUGGUCAACGCUAUUGGGAUUCAGAGGGACCAGAAGUAUGUGGAGGGCUACCUGUGUGCGGCACUGAGGGCUGAAGGACUCGCCGCUCUUCAGGAUUUACAGAGCAGCGUUUGUGACUCAGUGGAGACCCCCAGAGGAUACGCUGAGGAGAUUCCAGCUAAGAGAAUGCACCUCUCUCUCCCUGCACUGUCCGGCAAGGUGGCCACAACUCAGCCUGUUGAGGUGGAGAUGAGGAGCAGGAGUGAGGUCUGGGCUGCUGCUCUCGCUCUGCUGGAGAAGCUGCUGAAGAAGCUGAAGGACUGUCCAGCGCAGCAGUGUGUGAACCUCAUGGAGGGCCUAGCGGUCAUCCUGCACCUCGCUGCGGUCUGCUCCAAUGCUGUUCAGGUUCCUGGAGAGAAAACGGCAGAUCCGUCCUCCGUCGCUCACGCGGCCCGGCUGGUCUGGCUGAAGACCGAGGUGCUGGCUCAGGUGGUGGAGAGCUGUCGGAGCUUUAUGGCCAACACGUCCAGGGACGACCUGGAGCCGCUGGUGGACAGAACCGUCAGGAUUCUGGAUGCCGUUCUCUACCUGACCAUCCACAGUGAGCCAGAUUCCAGCCUGUGUCGGAGCGUCUGUGCCCUGCUGUCCGUUCCCUGGGUGUCCGAACACUCCUCCCUCUCUGCCUAUCAGUUGGCUUCGUUUCCUGUUGGUCUGACCGGACUGUCUCAGAAACUGGCCCCCACUUACUCUCCUCAGACACGUGCGCGCUGUGCGUUCCUGCUGGCUCUGCUGCCGAGGCAGGCGUGUCCCGAGUGGCGCUCGGCCGUGUUCCGCUGGACUCUCCAGAGUCAGAGCGAGUCGGAGCGCUGCAGCGCUGUGAGGGGCUUCCCCAUCCUGCUCCACCGCCUGGGGGUCAAAUCAUACAGCCUCAUCCACGAUGUCCUGCUGACUCGGCUGCAGGACACGUGCUCCCGGGUGAAGGUGGAGUUGGCCGGUAUAACGGGCGCUCUGCUCUGCUGUCUGUCUGAGAGCUCUCAGCUCCGCCUCUCCGAGGGGAAUAAAGCUCCCUCAGGUUUCCUCUGUGAGCGGGUCAGCGUUUCGGACGCUCACUCCGGCCGGCCCACCACCAUCGGAGCCUCCAUCCUCACACCGUUCCUCCAGCUGCUCAGACCCAGCGAGGACCAGAAGGUCAAACAAGCUUUUAUAGAGAACAUAAGCCACUUAUGCAAGCACGUGGAUUUGGGCAGCAGUGACCCGGACACUAAAGCCCUGCUGACCGCUCUGGUCAAUCUCAUCGAGGACCCACACCAGGACGUCCGCAUGCUCUUCAGCCAGAACAUCAGAAGCUUGCUGCAGUCCUGGAGCGGAGACGGCUUCCUGAAGGAGCUUCUUGUUUCCCGGCUGAAGGAGGCGUACACCAACGCGAAGACGGCCAGAAACACCGAGCUGAAAACCUCUCUGAUACUGACCACAGGAGAGAUUGGGAGAGCUGCUGAGGGGAAUUUGGUGUCGUUCGCUCUUCUGCGGCUGCUGCACUGGCUGCUCUCCAAGUCCACUCAGGUUUCUGUGGUGGCUCACACUGAGAUUCAGGCACUGGCCACGUCCAGAGAACUCAAACUGCAGUCCUUCUUCAACCAGUACAGAAACCCCGUCUGCCAGUUCCUGGUGGAGUCUUUGCACUCCCGGCACGUUUCGGCUCUGCGCUGUACGCCGGAUCAGAGCAGCGAGGCCCUGCAGGAGGAGGCGGCUCAUCAGCGCGAGGUGGCGCUGGACAUCCUGUCUCACGUAGCGCACGUCUUCGACUUCCCCGACCUCAACCGCUUCCUCAACCGCACUCUGCAGGUUCUCCUGCCAUACCUGGCAGCUAAAGCCAGUCCCACAGCCUCCGCCCUCAUCCGCACCAUCGCUAAACAGCUCAACGUCAACCGCAGAGAGAUCCUCAUCAACAACUUCAAAUACAUCUUCUCCCACCUGGUCUGCUCCUGCACCAAGGAGGAGCUGGAAAGAGCCUUCCAUUACCUGAAGAGUGAGACGGAGAUCGAGCUGGGCAGUUUACUCAGGCAGGAUUUCCAGGGUCUUCAUAAUGAACUCCUCCUACGGCUGGGAGAACAUUAUCAGCAAGUGUUUAAUGGACUGGCUAUUCUGGCCUCUUUCGCCUCCAGUGAUGACCCGUAUCAGGGUCCGCGGGACAUCUCUACUCCAGAGCACAUGGCUGAUUAUCUGCAGCCGAAGCUUUUGGGCAUCCUGGCCUUCUUCAACAUGCAGCUGCUCAGCUCUAGCGCUGGAGAGAAGGAGAAGAAGAAGAUGGCCCUGAACAGUCUGAUGGCUCUGAUGAAGCUGAUGGGCUCGAAGCAUAUCAGCUCAGUGCGGGUGAAGAUGAUGACCACUCUCAGAACCGGCCUGAGGUACAAGGAGGACUUCCCACAGCUCUGCUGCCAAACGUGGGAUUGUUUUGUGCGCUGUCUGGAUCCCCCGUAUUUGGGGCCGUUGCUGAGUCAUGUGAUCGUCGCCCUCCUGCCCCUCAUCCCCAUCCAGCCCAAAGAGACGGCUGUGAUUAUGCACUACCUCAUAGUGGAGAACAGAGAAGAGGUGAAGGACUUUCUCCAUGAAAUCUACUUCCUUCCUGACCAUCCGGAGCUGAAGAACGUCCACAAGGUCCUUCAGGACUACCGGAAGCAAACCUCUAAAAGCACUGAUCUCCAGGCCGCUCUGCAGCUGUCCAUGCGCGCCAUCCAGCACGAAAACGUGGACGUCCGCGUCCACGCGCUGACCAGCCUGAAGGAGAUGAUGUACAAGAAUCAGGACGCUCUGCUGAAGCACAUUCUGGACAGUGAGACGGUGGAGCCGGUGAUCUCUCAGCUGGUGAUGGUUCUCCUACGCGGCUGUCAGGACGUUAACCCUGAGGCAAGGCUGCUGUGCGGAGAGUGUUUGGGGGAGCUGGGGGCCGUGGACCCCGGACGCCUCGACAUGACCACCACACAUACACAGGGCAGCGGGGCGGUGUUUGUGAGUGGCAUUGAUGAUCCAAACUUCGCCUUCGGUCUGCUGACGGAGCUGACCAGGACGUUUUUGGCGUAUGCAGAUAACGUGCGGGCGCAGGACGCUGCCGCUUACGCCAUGCAGGAGCUUUUAUCCAUAUUUGAAUGUCACGAAGGCCGUACGGACUCUCCAGGUCGCAGGCUUUGGAGAAGGUUUCCAGAACAGAUUCAAGAGAUUCUGGAGCCACACCUUAACAGCAGGUACAAAAGCUCUCAGAAGGUGGUGAACUGGUCCAAGCUGACGAAGCCGAUAUAUCUCAGCAGCCGUGGGAGUAAAUUCUCAGACUGGUCGGCGACGUGGGCAGGUUACCUCAUCAGCAAGGUCAGGCACGAACUGGCCAGUAAGGUGUUUAACUGCUGCAGCUUCAUCAUCAAACAUGACUACAAAGUGACCAUCUACCUGCUGCCCCACAUCCUGGUGUACGUCCUGCUGGGGUCGACGCUGGACGAGCAGAGAGAGGUAACAGAGGAGAUGAUGGCGGUGCUACAGGAGGAUGACCCACGUCUGGCCCAGCUGCAGGAGAACGCGUCCAGUCUAAGUCAGCUCAGCACUCAGACCGUUUUCUCCAUGCUGGACCACCUCACCCAGUGGGGCCGCCACAAGCUGCAGACCCUCAGCACAGCCAAGACCUCUGGUCGCCACACCCGUGACCAGACACAGACACAGGCCAGCGGUGUUGAGAGCAGCGAGUAUCAGUGUGUGGUGUCCUUCCUGAACAGGAUUCCUCAGGACGUGCUGGCCAAAGCCUCGUUCCGCUCCAAAGCGUACACGCGCGCCGUCAUGCACUUCGAAUCCUUCAUCAGGGAGAAGAAGCAGAACAUUCAGGACCAUCUCACCUUCCUGCAGGCUCUGUAUGCGGCGAUGCACGAGCCGGAUGGAGUGAGGGGUGUGAACGCUCUGAGGAAAGAGGAGCCGUCGCUACGGGAACAGAUUCUACAGCACGAAAGCAUCGGCCUACUGCGGGAGUCUACAGCCUGUUACGACCGGGCCAUACAGCUGGAGUCUGACCAGAUUGUGCACUACCACGGUGUGAUGAGCUCCAUGCUGGGUCUGGGUCAGCUGUCUACGGUCAUGACUCAGGUCAACGGAGUGCUGGCCAACAGGCCUCAGUGGAAGUCUGACCUGAACACCUAUCGUGUGGAGGCGGCGUGGAAGCUGUCGAAGUGGGAUCUGCUGGAGGACUAUCUGGCUUCUGAUCACAAAUCGAACACGUGGGGAGUGCGGCUCGGUCAGCUGCUGCUGACCGCCAAGAAACAGGACUCGGAGGCGUUUCAGGAAAAGCUGAAAUUGGCCAGAAAAGAACAGGUGGUCCCACUUUCAGCUGCCAGCUUUGAGUGUGGGACCUACCAGAGAGGAUAUGAGUACAUAGUCAGGCUGCACAUGCUGAGUGAGCUGGAGCACGCCUUCACCCAGCUGCAGAAAGAGAGCGGCGGAGCCGGGGGCGGCACCAGGAGCGCAGCCAGGGGCUCGAAACCCGAGCUCAUGCUGAACUGGGAUGCCCGCCUACUCAUGACCCAGAAUUCCUUUAGAGCCAAAGAGCCCAUCCUGGCCCUGCGGAGGGCCCUGCUGAACCUCAGCAAAGGGAGUGUGUGUGAGGAGCAGGUGGGCGAGUGUUGGCUGCAGAGCGCCCGCGUCGCCCGCAGAGCCGGACACCAUCAGACCGCCUUCAAUGCCCUGUUAAACGCCCAGAAUUCGCACAUCUCUGAGCUGUUUGUGGAGAAGGCCAAGUGGCUCUGGUCCAAGGGCGAUGUGCACCAGGCUCUGAUUGUGCUGCAGAAGGGGGUGAAGCAGUGCUUCCCUGAGGAUCAGCCAAUCACAGACCCAAAGAGGAUCCAGAUUAAAGGGAAAGCCCUGCUGCUGGUGGGCAGAUACAUGGAGGAGACGGCCAACUCCGAGAGCAACGCCAUCAUGAAGAUUUACAGGGAUGUUACUACGCUGUUACCGGAGUGGGAAGAUGGGAAUUUUUACCUGGCUCAGUAUUACGACAAGCUGAUGCCGAUGGUCACCGACAACAAGAUGGAGAAACAGGGCAACGUCAUCCGCUACAUCGUCACCUAUUUUGGAAAAGCGCUUCAGUUUGGGAAUCAGUACAUUUACCAGGCGAUGCCCCGCAUGCUCACUCUCUGGCUCGAUUUCGGCGCCAAAGUUUACGAAGUGGAAAAAGCCGGCCGCUCGGACAGGUCUCAGAUGCGCGCGGACUUGAGCAAAAUAAACACGGUGAUCGGCGAGCACACCGGCAAUCUGUCACCGUACCAGUUCCUCACAGCCUUCUCGCAGCUCAUCUCCCGCAUCUGCCACUCCAGCGAUGAGGUCUUCGCCGUGCUGAUGGAGAUCGUCGCCAAGGUGUUCCUCGCGUAUCCUCAGCAGGCCAUGUGGAUGAUGACCGCAGUGUCCAAGUCGUCCUACCCGACCAGGAUGAACAGAUGUAAGGAGAUCUUGAAGAAGGCCGUCAGUCUGAAAGGCUCAUUUGCGAAAUUCAUCGGAGACGCCAACAGACUGACAGACAAGCUGGUGGAGCUGUGCAACAAACCGGUCGACGGGAACAGCUCCACCCUGAGCAUGAGCGUUCACUUCAAGCUGCUGAAGCGUCUGGUGGAGGAGCCGAGCUUCAGCGAGAUCCUGAUCCCGCUGCAGUCCGUCCUCAUCCCCACCCUGCCCUGCACCGGGGGGGCCAACCCAAACCACGACGCCUUCCCCGGACACUGGGUCUACCUCUCCGGCUUCGACGACAACGUGGAGAUCCUGGCAUCCCUCCAGAAACCCAAGAAGAUCUCUCUGAGGGGGUCAGAUGGAAAGUUCUACACCAUGAUGUGUAAACCCAAAGACGACCUGAGGAAGGACUGCAGGCUGAUGGAGUUUAACUGCCUCAUUAACAAGUGUCUGAGGAAGGACGCCGAGUCCAGACGGAGGGACCUGCACAUUCGGACGUAUGCGGUCAUUCCUCUAAAUGAAGAGUGUGGCAUCAUUGAGUGGGUGAACAACACAGCCGGCCUCCGGCACAUCCUCACCAAACUCUACAAAGAGAAAGGGAUCUAUCUGACUGGAAAGGAGCUGAGGAAGAUGAUUUUGCCCAAAACGGCCUCCCUCCAGGAGAAGCUGAAGCUUCACAAAGACGUUCUGUGUGCCAGACAUCCUCCUGUGUUUCACGAGUGGUUCCUCAGGACGUUCCCUGACCCCACAUCCUGGUACAACAGCAGGUCAUUUUACUGCCGCUCCACCGCCGUCAUGUCCAUGGUGGGUUACAUACUGGGACUGGGCGAUCGACAUGGAGAAAACAUUCUGUUCGACUCCCUCACUGGAGAGUGCAUCCAUGUGGACUUUAACUGCCUCUUCAACAAGGGGGAAACGUUCGACGUUCCAGAGGUCGUUCCCUUCCGGCUGACGCAGAACAUGGUGGAUGCGAUGGGGCCGAUGGGAACGGAGGGUCUGUUCAGACAGGCCUGCGAGGUCACUCUGAGACUGAUGAGAGACCAGAGAGAACCGCUGAUGAGUGUGCUGAAGACGUUCCUGCAUGACCCUUUGGUGGAGUGGAGUAAGCCGGUGAAGGGCUCGUCAAAACCACAAGCCAACGAAUCCGGCGAGAUUGUGAACGAGAAGGCCAAGACUCACGUCCAGGACAUUGAGCAGCGUCUGCAGGGCGUCAUAAAGAACAGGAAUAAAGUGAUGGGUCUUCCUCUGUCCAUCGAGGGACACGUCCACUACCUCAUUCAGGAGGCCACAGACGAUAACCUGCUGUGUCAGAUGUAUCUCGGCUGGGGCCCGUACCUGUGACCAACAUGACCACAAUUACAGAUUUCUGACCAGAGCACAUGAUCUGUGCGUUUAACUGUGAAGUUUUGUUUAUUUUUGGGAUUUUCUAUCCCGCCUUAAUCUCUAUACUUUUCCUUAUUAAAGAAAUAAACGUUUAUUGUUAGAUUGGAAGUGAAAUCUGGUAAAUUACAUUACAGUAAUUACAAUUAAAGGGUAACUCCAUCAAUUUCUUCUUAAUUUCUGUGUAAUUAACUGGAUCAGAUGUAAACAGAGCGGUUCUGAGCGGUUUGGUGUGAAACGCUCCGUUCUAGAUAAACUUCCAAAGUCAGAGCCGUUCACAGUGGUGGUGAUGGGAACCA